AUUGCCAAGCUGAAGGCACUGCUAUAUGGAUGCUCUACCGUGUGUCCUGGACAACGGGAGCUAUGAAGUGCGUGUUGGGUUUUGUGGUGACACAUCGCCACGAUUUGUUGCGCCGAACUGCACUGCGAGGCCGCGACAGCAACUUCGAGUGCUGGUUGCGGACGAAAUUCACAGCAUCAAGAAUUUGGCGCAGUUGGAAGUGACGAGACCGCUGGAACAUGGAAUCUUGGUAAAUGCUGGAUGCCAAAAGGAUAUUUGGGAGCGAUGCUUUGACGAGGUGGGAUGUGAGACGAGAGAGUCUAAGGUGAUGGUGACAGAGUCAGUCCUAGCACCACCUUCAGUGCAGCAAACAACAGACGAAGUGUUAUUUGAGGACUUUGAAUUUCUGGGACGUUGCCGCAUGGCUGCUCCGCUUUGCGUUGCCGCGGCAGUUGCACAAUUAGAUCGGGGAAAUAGAACACCUGGCGAGGGCAUCCUGCCACGAAAUAUCGAGGAGGCAAGUCUCGUUGUCGACUGCGGACUCACGGCUACAACCAUAACACCAGUCGUUGCCGGGUCUCCGAUUCGAAGCGGGAUACGCCGAAUAGAUAUCGGCGGUCAGCUCCUGACUGGCUACCUCCGUGAUCUCGUGAGCUAUCGACAAUAUAAUAUGUCGAACGAAUGUGUAAUCCUAGAUAAGCUCAAGAAACACCUGUGCUUUGUAUCUCAAGAACCAAAAGAGGAUCUUACAGCAUGUGAUGGUACAACCCACGAACGUGGUGCUGCCGGUCCGCACUAUGCGGAGUACGUCCUUCCUGACUUCAAAAGCAUCGAUCAAGGCUAUGCGCGCCUCGCACACUCUGCUGUAUCGAUGGAAUCUCAUGAGGAGGGGGUUAAAUUUGAUUAUCGCCGCCGACGAACGCCAACAGAUGCAAUGCCCCAGUUCCUGCGACUUGAGUCUGAGCGAUUCUAUGUUCCCGAACUCCUCUUCUCUCCCCAAGACAUCAGUCUUCGUCAGUGUGGAGUUCACGAAAUCAUUGCUGAUGCUAUCAUCAACGUCAACCCACGCUUACGAGCGCCACUCUCACGGCACAUAGUUCUCUGUGGUGGUGGUUCACGCCUGGCUGGCCUUUGUGACCGCUUAAAACGUGAGGUCGAUCCGCUAUUGCCGCAUUCCAUCAGUGUCAUUCAUCCAAGCGAGCCCAGUCUCCUCGCUUUUCAAGGAGCCGCCAUACUAGCCGCAAUUCCCGAAAACUACCUCUCGAGGCAAGAUUGGCAGGAGCAUGGCCCGCAUUGUUUCCCCUUUUAUCCCGAGCGCUAA